UCAAAAUGUUUACCGCAUGGUUAUGUUUAAUGUUUAUAUUUACAUGCUCCCAUUCUUUAAAACCGCAAAAACUACCAAAUUACUGCUAUAAUCAAUAAAGAGGGCGAGCAUGAGUAAAAAAGAACUUAUUUCCAAAAUAGGCCUACGCCUGGACGGCCGUAGGGCGAACGAACUGAGAAGAAUUCGCUGCAAAUUGGGGGUUUUCAGUCAACCGGAUGGCAGUGCCUACAUAGAACAGGGCCUGACCAAAGUCCUGGCGGCUGUAUAUGGACCCCAUCAGGUUCGUAAUAGACAAAAGGCCCAGCAUGACGCUUGUAUAAUAAAUACACAGUUUAGUAUGGCAGUGUUUUCCACUAACGAAAGGAAAAAAAGACCUAGAGGUGACAAAAAGUCUACAGAACUCUCAAUGCAUUUGCAACAAGCCCUAUUGGCUGUUAUUGAAACGGACUUAUAUCCAUGGUCACAAAUAGAUGUUUACGUUGAGGUUUUGCACGCAGACGGAGGAAUUUAUCCUGCUUGCGUUAAUGCAGCCACUUUGGCCAUUAUAGAUGCCGGGAUUCCUAUAAAAGAAUAUGUUUGUGCUUGUACAGCGAGCCUCGCAAACAACGAUAUACCAAUGCUAGAUAUUUCACAUCAAGAAGAGAUCCUUGGGGGGCCCACAUUAACUAUUGCUGCCCUCCCCAUGUCAGGUAAAAUUGUUUUAAUGGAAAUGUCGAGACGGUUCCAUUUGGAUCAUCUUCCAAUAGUGUUAAAUAAGGCUUUGGAAGGCUGCAAGGACAUUAAAGAGAUCCUGGAUGAGGCAGUUAAGGAGCAUGUGAGUGAAAUCGGGUGUGCUACAGGAUGGGCAAAUACAACUAGUUGAAAAUUGUUGCUUAUUUUUUUAAAUAAAACAUCGUUUUUGAUA